GCACUUUUCACAAGUCUUCGCGUUUCUAUGGUCCAAGUCUUUCCUCUAUUGCUUGGAAAUUUUUGGCUUUAACUUCUUUGACCCGUUCCACUUUCUUUUAUAUUUCUUCACAUUCACAUCCACACUGUCAUCUAAAACGCUCUCAAAGAGCCGAAUUACCUGAAAGCUUCAUGGGGUUUCCUGAAUUUGGCUGUCAAAAAACCCAGGGUGUGCUCUUGGAAUGGUUGUAGUGCUAUGGAGUUUGUUUGUGUUGUUGCUUGGAUUGGAUAGCCAUUUGAGUGAGGUGUCUGGAUUACUUCCUCUUGGCUUGUUUUUAUAAUCUUGGUAAAGAUGGUUCUGCAUAGCUGGAUUUCCAGCUCUCAUAUUCUUGUUAAUUUCUUGCUGCUGCUUGGUUGUGGCAUAACCUACGGGACUGACACUGAUAUCUUCUGCUUGAAAAGUAUCAAAGAAUCCCUUGAAGACCCCUAUAAUUAUUUGAAGUUCUCUUGGGAUUUCAACAACAAAACUGAAGGGUAUAUCUGCAGGUUUAAUGGGGUUGAGUGUUGGCACCCUGACGAGAACAGGGUCUUGAAUCUCAAACUGUCGAAUAUGGGACUCAAGGGCCAGUUUCCUCGCGGCAUUCAAAAUUGCUCGAGCUUAACUGGAUUAGACCUUUCAAUUAACAAACUCUCUGGAACCAUUCCGGGAGACAUAUCCACUCUUAUACCAUUUGCGACGUCUAUUGAUCUAUCUACAAAUGAGUUUUCUGGGGCAAUUCCCGUGAGUCUUGCGAAUUGUACCUUUCUUAAUACCCUUAAACUUGAUCAGAAUCGACUCACUGGCCAAAUUCCUCCACAAUUUGGUGUUCUCUCACGAAUUAAGGUAUUUUCUGUAUCCAACAAUCUUUUGACGGGGCAAGUUCCAAUCUUUAGGGAUGGGGUUGAGUUACAUUAUGCAAAUAAUCAAGGCCUAUGUGGAGGAAAUACAUUGGCGCCUUGCCAAGCCACGCCUUCCAAGAGUAACAUGGCUGUUAUUGCUGGAGCUGCUGCUGGCGGGGUGACUCUUGCGGCAUUAGGAUUGGGUAUUGGAAUGUUCUUCUUUGUGCGACGUGUUUCUUUCAAGAAGAAGGAAGAGGAUCCUGAAGGAAACAAAUGGGCAAGAAGUCUAAAAGGAACUAAACGAAUUAAGGUUUCUAUGUUUGAGAAAUCAAUUUCAAAAAUGAAAUUGAGUGAUCUCAUGAAGGCUACUAACAACUUCAGUAAUACCAAUAUCAUUGGGACAGGAAGAACAGGAACUGUUUACAAAGCUGUCCUUGACGAUGGCACAACUCUUAUGGUUAAGAGAUUACAGGAAUCUCAGUACACUGAAAAAGAAUUUAUGUCUGAGAUGGGUACGCUAGGUACUGUCAAACAUCGCAAUCUGGUUCCUCUUUUAGGUUUUUGUAUGACCAAAAGGGAGAGGCUUUUGGUCUAUAAAAACAUGCCAAAUGGCAACCUCCAUGACCAACUCCAUCCCGCUGAUGGUGUGAGCACCCUUGACUGGACUACAAGGCUCAAAAUUGCAAUUGGAGCAGCCAAAGGGUUAGCAUGGCUUCAUCAUAGCUGCAAUCCCCGUAUCAUCCACCGAAACAUAAGCUCGAAGUGCAUCUUGUUGGAUGCAGAUUUUGAGCCAAAAAUUUCUGAUUUCGGCCUUGCUAGACUGAUGAAUCCAAUUGAUACUCAUUUGAGUACUUUUGUAAAUGGGGAGUUUGGAGAUUUAGGUUAUGUUGCUCCUGAGUACACAAGAACUUUGGUUGCUACACCUAAAGGGGAUAUUUACAGCUUUGGAACUGUUCUUCUUGAGUUGGUGACAGGUGAAAGACCUACCAAUGUGUCUAAAGCUCCGGAAACUUUUAAAGGAAAUCUGGUAGAAUGGAUUACGGAGCUCACAAGCAAUGCAAAACUCCAUGAUGCCAUUGAUGAAUCACUAGUCAGAAAGGAUGUUGAUAGUGAGCUUUUCCAAUUUCUAAAGGUUGCAUGCAACUGUGUCUCACCAACUCCAAAGGAGAGGCCCACCAUGUUUGAAGUGUAUCAGCUUUUAAGAGCUAUUGGGGGUAGAUACAAUUUCACAACUGAGGAUGAUAUAUUGGUACCUACUGAUAUUGGUAAUACUGAUAACAUGCAGGAACUUAUUGUAGCCCAAGAAGGAAGUUAUUGAAAGGUAUGUUAGAUAUAUAGGGUAUAAAUAUAAUUUAUGUAAUUGGUAUUAAAUUUUAAUGUGUAAUUAUAUAUCUUACUUUGGUGUCCUAAAAUAAAUGUUAGUGGUAAAUGUAGUUUUGAGGAUCUAGAUCCAGUUGUGUGCUAUUGAUAUUGAAACAUCAAUAUAAGAUCAUCAAUCAAGGAGUAGAUAUAGUUGAGUUACUUCUUUCUAAUCCUUA